AUGCCAAACCUUUCAGACGAUAUGUUUGAAGAGAUACUCUCUCGACUUCCUGUCAAGUCUUUGUGUCGAUUCAAGUGCGUCUCAAAGUCAUGGCUCCAUCUCAUUGAAACUCAACUCAACCGAACGCAGAAGCACAAAGUCAUUUUCGGUACCACCGCUUCACUCUCUUCCUUGGACCCUGAAGCAGCUAUAGAUGAUGACAACAUGCCUCCCUCGUCGCUUGAUUUUCCACUCAAGGGCAAACCCGGCACUAGGCUUAAGAUGGUUGGUCUCUCUAAUGGUUUGGCCUGCAUCAUGCCUCAACCGGAUGCCUUGUUCAUAUUCAACCCUAGCACAGGGGAGUCCAUGAGAGUUCCAGAAAGAGUGUUAACCAAAAAAAAAAAAAAUCGAAAAAGUGCAGUCUUAUACGGAUUUGGUUAUGCUCCUUCCAUCAAGGAUUACAGGAUGGUCAAGAUUUUUUUAGAUGAUGGCGUUGUGCUCAUGUUUUCGUUAACUAACAAGUCAUGGAAAAGAGUUGAAGACAUACCUGACGAAUAUGAUUUGUCUUCUUGGAGGAAGUGGGAUCCUCUGAACGGAGCUUUUCACUGGUUACUUGAGGACAUGGGAGACGAGGACCCUCCGUUCAUUGCUGCAUUUGAUUUAGCAGACGGCAAGUUCUCAGACUUGCCCCUACCUGAAUCUUUCGACAGAGAUUAUAACGACUUCACAACUGGUAUUUUUGGAGGGUGUCUUUGUUUACUAGAACAGCUUAAUCCAUUUGGAUUCGAGUUCUCCUGUUGGGUUAUGGAAAAAUAUGGUGUGAAGGAGUCUUGGACUAGGAUUAAAUUUUUGGCACACAGCUCGGGGUAUUUUAUUGAUGUGAGGCCAAUAUGCUACUGGAAGAAGACCAAGGAAUUACUAGCCAUAAUUAAUUUUUGCCAUUUAGUACGCUUGACAAAUCCAACGGAUGGCACUUAUUAUGUUGGCCCCGUGAAUAGAGACCGCUUCGAUCAUCCCAUCUAUCUAUCGGGUGUAAUUUUAAUCCAUCUAGGGAUUCCAGUGCUUAUAGCUCUGGAUGACAUUGAUCUUACAUAA